GACAGAGGGCAGACUCCAGGGCCCGCGGAGUGCUCCCGUCCGGCCGCCGCUUGCCCCGCGCCGUUCUGUGUCCGAGCUGUCGGGGGGCCCUGCGGACCGACUGGGUUGUCGCCCCUGGCACGCCUGUCUUCCCCGGCCUCCUCUUCCCGGUCCAUUCCCUUCCUGGCGCUGGUCCGACCCGGGCGCAUCCAGUGUUGGAUGGCGUUUGCAGCGCGCGGCGGCGGCAGCUGUUUCAUGCAGGCUCCUGGGAAAGCUGGUGUUGCUGCUGCCUGAUUCCAGCCGACAGACCGUGGGGCCAGGGUCGGCGCUGGCGGCUGGAGAUGGCGGACUCGAGCUCCGUGCACCAGACCCGGUUUGAGGCUGCCGUGAAGGUGAUCCAGAGUUUGCCGAAAAAUGGUUCAUUCCAGCCGACAAAUGAAAUGAUGCUCAAGUUCUAUAGCUUCUAUAAGCAGGCAACUGAAGGACCCUGUAAAAUAUCAAGACCUGGUUUCUGGGAUCCUAUUGGAAGAUAUAAAUGGGAUGCUUGGAGUUCAUUGGGUGACAUGACCAAAGAGGAAGCCAUGAUUGCAUAUGUUGAAGAAAUGAAAAAGAUUCUUGAGACUAUGCCGAUGACUGAGAAAGUUGAAGAAUUGCUACAUGUCAUAGGUCCAUUUUAUGAAAUUGUAGAGGAUAAAAAGAGUGGUAGGGGCUCUGAUUUAACUUCAGUCCGACUGGAGAAAAUCUCUGAAUAUUUGGAAGAUCUUGGUAAUAUUCUAACUUCUACUCCAAAUGCCAAAACCCUGAAUGGUAAAGCUGAAAGCAGUGAUAGCGGAGCUGAGUCAGAGGAAGAAGAGGCCCAAGAAGAAGUGAAAUGUGCAGAACAAAGUCAUGAUGAUAAGCAAAUGAUAAAGAAAUCAGCAGACCAUAAAGAUUUCGAAAUCGUUGUCACCAAUGGCUAUGAUAAAGACAGCGUUGUUCAGGAUCCACAGAAUGACAUUCAAGACAAUUCUUCCCUGAAUGGCAAAAGCACUGAGGAAGUAAAGGCUGUAGAUCAAGACUUUGAGCAAACUGGAAAAACUGCUGCCUACAUUCACCAAGAUAUAAAUGAUGAUCAUGUUGAAGAUGUUUCAGGAAUUCAGCAUUUGACAAGUGAUUCAGACAGUGAAGUUUACUGUGACUCUAUGGAGCAAUUUGGACAAGAAGAGUCUUUAGACAGCUUUACCGCUAACAGCGGACCAUUUCGAUAUUACCUGGGUGGUGAUCCCAGCCAGCCUUUGGAAAAUUCUGGUUUCCCCGAAGAUGUUCACGUGCCUCCCGGAAGCGACAGCGUUGGGGAUAUGCAGGGGGUAGCAGGCGGAGGAAAAGGUGAAGUAAAGUGUGGAGGAGAAGAUGGCAGAAGUGACAGUGGAGCGCCCCACCGUGAGAAACGGGCUGGAGAAAACAAGGACUUCUCCAAUGUCAGAAGGGGGAGAGGGCAUAGGAUGCAGCAUCUGAGUGAAGGAGCCAAGGGCCAGCAGGUGGGGAGCGGAGGGGAUGGGGAGCGCUGGGGCUCGGACCAGGGGUCCCGGGGCAGCCUCAGUGAGCAGAUCGCCCUCGUGCUCAUGAGACUGCAGGAGGACAUGCAGAGCGUUCUGCAGAGACUUCAUAAACUGGAAACACUAACUGCUUCGCAGACAAAAUCAUCAACCUUGCAGACCAGUAAUCAGUCUCCCUCACCGAGACCAUCUUGGUGGCCCUUCGAGAUGUCUCCUGGUGCAUUAGCUUUUGCUGUUAUAUGGCCUUUUAUUGCCCACUGGUUGGUGCAUUUAUAUUAUCAAAGAAGGAGAAGAAAACUGACCUGAAGAAAAUGGUAUUUUACUCUGGAAGACUGCUGGGCCUGGAUGACCUCAGAAAGAAAUGAAUUGUGGAGUUCACAAGAAAAUCUUAGUUUGUGAUGAUUAUGUUUCUUUUUGUUGUCCAGUAGUUUGGUUUGUGUACAUACAUAUAUAUUGCACUACGUAAAUGAUAAACAUUUUAAGGACUAAUAUUGCUGAUACUUGAAUAAUCAAUCUCAACUAGAUUAUAAGUAGCAUACAUAGAUUUACCCUACCCUUGAACUUGAAAGACAUUAAAUUAUUCAUUAUUGUUUGGUAACAUGUUUACCUGAUUAUCUCCCAUAGACAAAUGUAAGCUGCUUUUCGAAGGUACAGUUGUGAUAAUGAGAUCAGAUUUAUAGAUGGGUGUAUUUAAUUUGCUAAAGUAAACAUGAGAAAGAAUGCAAACCAAGAGUGAAUUUCAGAUGAGAUUAAAUUGACUGUAUCUUAGUCACUGAGCAGAAAACUGCAGGAUGAAUCUUCUCUACAGUUUUCUUUGUGGGCUGCCCAGCGUACUUGAUUUCCAUAAUCUUUCCUGGGCAUUCACAGCUCUGACUUUGGUGUUCAGUCAUCAUCGUUAAAAGUAGAGCCCUACUUUGGCUUGGUUUUUCCAGAUGAUUCACACAUUAGGCAUAACUUGCAGGUGGAAACGAGGAAGAACGGGCCUAAUGCAGGUUUGAAAGUGUAUUCUGAGCCUGCAGAUAACACGGUUUUUGUUCGAUCAUAUACACUUAUUUCUUGGUAAUCAUUUUUCCUUAACUGAGGAUAUCUAGUUUCUGCUUCAUAGGGUGCUUUGAAAUAUAAAAUGAAAACUUAUUUCUACUGUUUUUACAAAGGUUGACACAUGAAAACACAUGAAAAUCACUUUUCUGCAACUGAUAAACUACACAGACUGGACUCUUAACCUCACAGUGCCUCAGUUGUUCUUCAGGUUAUAAUAUUUGAGAUGUCCGUACUGCACAGGGGUAUGGGAAGGAUGGACAAGCCAGCAGGCAGGUGUUGCCGUGUGGAGGAGGCACAGCCAGCUCAUACAGGUCCCCUCUCCCUUCCUCCCCAGGCACCCAGACUACACAGAAGCCUGAGUCAGCUAGCUCCUUGAAGGCCUGUUUGGAAACUCAGCCUUCUUGUAUACCUGCUAACCCCCCUGCUCACUUAGAUCUACCUUGUGCUAUAAAGAUAUCUCGGAUUCAAAGGCUUUGUGGCAAAUAUUUUUGAAGCAUUCUCAGUAUAUAUGAUGUUAGGUUUGGCACCAUGUGUUCAGAGUGUUUAAGUAAGAGUGGAAAAGUUAAUCCAUCCCCAGUAUACAGGAUGCUUCUUUGUUUGCCUAAAGAAAAAAGUAUAAUGCAGUUUGUUUUCCCCAAGUCUCUGAUAUUUCUUUUUUUUCCCCAUAUAACAAUGUUUUAUUUUAAGUUUUUAAUCCCAUCUUGAUUAAAACAUGGCUAUCUAAAAAGAUCUAAUAUUUGCUUUUUAAAAACCUGUCCCCUCUUUAUUUAGGGAGAAAAUGAAGCAUGUUCUGUAUUAUAUAUAAAAAUACAGUCUAGACCUGUGGAUCAGGGAUUAUUUUUAAAAAUUAGAUAUCAAUCUGGUAUCAGAAGACAGUGGCUUUUCUCCUAGUGUAUAAAUAAAGAUGCAAAUUCAGAAUGUAAGCAGUUGUGACUCAUUGCGAACAGUUAGGGGUAACUAAUUCCUAGGGGUAAUCAUUUGUAUCCUGUUCCAAAGUCUUAUUUUAUAGUUUGAAAAGCACUUUGCACACUGUUCUUGUACAUAAAUAUAAUGAUGUAAUUAUAGGAUAUAGUGCUACUGCUUUGUUUAAUAAGAACCUCCUUUUAAAUUGACAGCUCUGGUAUUUUUUUAAUGAUCUACUUCUUUUCUGUUUAUUGUAAAACUAAAUUUAAAAUAAAAGGUUAAUGAG